CACUAGAGUCCCUGUGUUUUCUCCUUUUCCUAAUCUUCCAUCCUCUCCUUUCCCCCCGCCAUGAAUGAGGAGUACGACGUGAUCGUGCUGGGCACCGGCCUGACGGAAUGUAUCCUGUCAGGCAUAAUGUCAGUGAAUGGAAAGAAAGUUCUUCACAUGGAUCGAAAUCCAUAUUAUGGAGGAGAAAGUGCAUCUAUAACACCACUGGAAGAUUUAUACAAAAGAUUUCAAAUACCAGGAUCACCACCAGCAUCAAUGGGCAGAGGAAGAGACUGGAAUGUUGACUUAAUACCCAAGUUCCUUAUGGCUAAUGGUUUAAUGGGGCUGUUUGAAAAACGUCGCUUCAGAAAAUUCCUUGUUUAUAUUGCCAACUUUGAUGAAAAAGAUCCUAGAACUUUUGAGGGUGUUGAUCCUAAGAAGACUACAAUGCGAGACGUGUAUAAGAAAUUUGACUUGGGCCAAGAUGUUAUAGAUUUCACUGGUCAUGCCCUUGCACUUUACAGAACUGAUGAUUAUUUAGAUCAGCCAUGUUUUGAAACCAUUAAUAGGAUUAAACUUUACAGUGAGUCUUUGGCAAGAUAUGGCAAAAGCCCAUACCUUUAUCCACUUUAUGGCCUUGGAGAACUGCCACAAGGAUUUGCAAGGCUAAGUGCAAUUUAUGGAGGUACCUACAUGUUGAAUAAGCCAAUUGAAGAAAUCAUUGUGGAAAAUGGAAAAGUGGUGGGUGUAAAAUCUGAAGGAGAGAUCGCUCGUUGUAAGCAGCUCAUCUGUGAUCCCAGUUAUGUAAAAGAUAGUGUACAGAAGGUAGGCCAAGUGAUAAGAGUUAUAUGUAUCCUAAGUCACCCAAUCAAGAAUACCAAUGAUGCCAACUCAUGCCAGAUCAUUAUUCCACAGAACCAAGUGAAUCGAAAAUCAGAUAUCUAUGUUUGCAUGAUUUCUUCUGCACACAAUGUGGCAGCACAAGGAAAAUAUAUCGCCAUAGUUAGUACAACUGUGGAAACCAAGGAACCAGAGAAAGAAAUCAGACCAGCUUUGGAACUCUUGGAACCAAUUGAACAGAAAUUUGUAAGUAUCAGUGACCUCCUUGUACCAGUAGAUUUGGGAACAGAAAGCCAGAUUUUUAUUUCCCGCACUUAUGAUGCUACAACUCACUUUGAGACAACCUGUGAUGACAUUAAAGACAUCUAUAAAAGGAUGACGGGAUCAGAGUUUGACUUUGAAGAAAUGAAGCGCAAGAAAAAUGACAUCUAUGGAGAAGACUAACAGCAGUACUUACUUAUUAGCUAAUCAGAACAAAUUUGAAAUUUGGCAAAUAAUGCAUAUUGUAUGAAAUCAAUAUUCUAAGGCCUGCUUUUAUAAUCAAAACUGAAAGAUUGGAGAGAGUACUACACCAAUAAAAUAUCCCUCCCCUUUAUCUCUUUAAUAUCAUGUAUUAACUUUUCAUGGAGUGGCUGUUCAGAAUUGGCCAGUUACCAUAUUCUGUUUAA